GUUGGCUGUGAUCGCAGCAAAAACCUGGUGGAUAUUUGUGGAGAAAAAAAUUUCCAGGCUUUUGUCUGUGAUGCCCUGUCAGUGCCAAUCCGCAGUGGUUCUUGUGACGCCUGCAUCUCUAUUGCUGUAAUCCACCAUUUUUCAACAGCAGAGAGGAGACUGGCUACUAUCCGUGAACUAGCCCGGCUUCUAAGACCUGGUGGAUUGGCACUCAUUUAUGUGUGGGCAAUGGAACAAGAAUACAAAAGCCAGAAGUCUAAAUACCUUAAGGAAAAGAAUGGUAGUAAAGAGAAAGAGGAGGAAAUCAAGACUGGCACGGCUCAGAGACCACUUACUGAUCAAAUGCCUGAUAGCAGCAAAGACUCGGCAUGUUCUGACCGACUCCUUAGUGACUCGAAGGACGAAGGCUGUGAUGCACAGCCAGGAGCAGACUCCAGGCUGCCUGUUCACACUAACCGAACCUCCUUCCACUCUCAAGAUUUGCUGGUUCCCUGGCACCUGAAAGGUGGCACUAAGAAGAAAGGGGAAAGCAUUGAUACAGUGUUGUUUCCAGCUGGCUCCAAGGAAUCACAAGAACUCAGCCCUGUUUUCCACCGCUAUUACCAUGUGUUCUGUGAAGGGGAACUGGAAGCAGCAUGCAGAUCCCUGGAUUGUGUGAGGGUUCAAAAGAGUUACUAUGAUCAGGGAAACUGGUGUGUGGUUCUAGAAAAGUUGUAG